GGGACGGCCUGGUCUUCAAGUACUUUGGCAAAGUGCACAAGAAGACCAAGAUACCCGUGAGGGCCACCGUACUUGCUGGACUGUUGGCAGGUUUCAUGGCGACAUUCUUUGACGUGAAGCAGUUGGUUGACAUGAUGUCCAUUGGUACACUGCUCGCUUAUACGCUCGUCUCUGCCUGUGUCAUGCUACUAAGGUACGAAGUCUAUGAAGGCGAUUCAGAGAUGAUGAUAAUCGUCUUGGCGGUGAUGAUAGUGAUAUCUUGAUACGUCGUCGUGAUGAUAAUGAUAUCGGAGAAGAUGAUGAGGAGGAUGAUGAUGAUAAUGAUAACGGUGGCUGUUGUAGUGGCUUUGGUGGCUGUGGCUGUUGUGGUAAGGGCAAAUCUAAGAAAAGAUUUCCAACCGAAAGAUCGAGUUUGGCUGUAAAGGUGCUGGUUACUGGCAUUGCUGCCCUGACGAUCUGGCUGAGCGUCUCUCUCGACCACCUCACCAUCUCAUCAUGGUGGAGCGUCCUCAUCAUCACCGUACCCUCUCUUUUCAUCAUCAUCUUCACCAUCGCUAUCUCCCUCCAGCCGACCAAUUCUAGGGUCCUCACCUUCCAGGUUCCUUUGGUACCAUUCAUUCCGACUCUGAGCGUUGUCAUCAACAUUUAUCUAAUGUUCAAACUCGGGCGGGAAACUUGGAUUAGAUUUAUCGUCUGGCUCGCGAUUGGCUUGAUCAAUUACUUCGGCUACGGCAUGCGCCACAGUCGCGAACGCAAGCAGCACCUCCACUCCCUGGCAGCUGCCAAUCACGGUGACGUCACGAACGUUAACGAAUCAGCAGCAGGAGGAGGAGGAGCAUCCGAUGAUGACGUCCUAAAUAACGAUGACGACGAAGUUAAUGAUGAGGAAAUUGUUGGGAGUUUCCCGGGGGCCAGCCACGGUCACAAAGGGUCGACACAACGGGGGGUGAGGAGAAGUUUUGAAGGGUAUUCUGGAAGGUUCUUUGAUUACAGGCAGUAUUCAGUCCCCGAUGAGAGAACACCCUUGUUGGUCUGAUUUGAUUGGUUGCCAUUCGAAGGGUAGGCGGAGUUUAUAAGCUAUAUUUGUGUUAUGGGCGGAUUUUGUAAUGAUUUCAUUGGCUGAUUUUCUAUUAGUUGGUCGGUUGAUUCGUGCUCUAUGUGCAAAUUCUGUAAAUACCGCAUUUUUUAUUUUUUUGGUUUACUUGUUGAUUCAUAAGUUGAUUGGCUGACAAACAAACGAAUGAAUGAAUUAGUGAAUGAGUGAAUGAAUAAUGAAUGAACAAACGAACGAAGGAAAAAACGAACGAAUGAACAAUUGAUUGAUUGACAAAAACCAGAUAGACCGACCGCUUC